AUGGCGGCAAGAAGGGAGUCCGAGGGGUACAGUCCGAGUGUAUACAGCCAGCCCUCGAUGAAUUACUCGCGGGCCAGUACUAUGCGCACCACGUCAUCUAAUUCCGACAAUACAAUUUCUACGGUUUCUUCAAUGUCGGCACGGUCAGAGGGGACUAUUGUUCCCACCCAUACAAAUCUAUCACGAAAUUCUGUUGAAGAUUUUAGCGACGAGAAGGGAACAGGAGGGCAACCAAACCCGGACCAAUCACCGAAUUCUGCAUUAUUGAAUUUCUCGAGGAUAGCUCGAGUCGGGACCGCCUACACGCCUUUGCUGGAGGAACAACCUAUGCCUCCUCCGCCAAACUUGUCUUCGUCUACAACACUCCACAGUUCCAUUUACAAAAAUUCAGAAGCUUCUGUCUCUCGCCGCAAGACCGCCAACGUUCCAGAUUUUGGUUUCCCACUUCCAAGAUUUAUUAUCCGUGGGAUCAUUUCUAUUAUAAUUCCAGUCGCUCUUGUGGUCUACUAUUUUUUUACAUGGUGGAGAUGGUUGAGAUUUCCAGAAGGAAGUUCAGAAGUUUGGCAGCGAACGGGGAUUCUCGAUAAUGUGAAUAUCGUCAACUACAGUUGGUUCGUUAUUGCAACAUUCGCCUUGAACCUGGGUACUUAUGCGGUCGCUGGGAGUGUGGCGAGUAUGGUGAUGAGAAAAAGAUGGGCAGCGAAAAACUUUAGAAGGCUUUUGAUCCUCUCUGGAAAUACGUUCCAAGAUCCCGCAGGCUGGUUUAAUGCUUUGAUAAAAUUAGUCCAGAAACGAAGAUUAUACAAGAGAAAUGGCGCUCUAUGGGAUAUUCUAGCUUUUUUCAGCAUUAUCGGCUUCGCGGCAUGGCCAUUGACCGGUCUGACCAUGCAGACAGAGGACGGGUUUACCAUCAGCCGUAGAUACAAGGGUGACCAGGUCUUCGUUGUUGGACGGAAUCAUUCAAGCAUAAAUGGUCGCGACGGUGCUCUAACGACAAGUCGUGUUACUACAUUCUGGUCCUCUGGAUUCUCACCUCAACUGCCUCUUCGAAAGCAAUUUUACAUCACGCCAGGUUCUUCUAUUCAGUUAAACGUAUCUUCUCCCGAUAAUACAUUACCUGACGACGCAUCCGAGUCUAUCUUUUUGGGGCCUCAAUCCACAGGUCCCCUUCUCGGAUCAGUUUUCGGUCUAGCGAUCCGUUACAACUGUAGUAUUGUGAAUCAAACCUCUCAAUUCACAGUCCUAUCACGUCGGAAUGAUACUUUCGACUUGGAUCGCAGUGGUUCUAGCUUCGGAUACGUCCUUCCUGAUCAGUCCGUAAUAAUUGUACGAAAUCAAUCUUCAAGUAUUAACUUGAUAUCCAACGUCAAUGGUUCUCUAGAACUUGGAACAUCCAUGACGAUUUCUGAACUCACCGACCCAACCGACUCCGAAAAUAUCGGCUACGCCUCAAUUUUUAAAAGCUACCCGGGCCUAAAUACCACGGUGGUUCUUGAAGCUGCAUUGUGGCAAUCGAUCUCCCCAAUAGAGUCCUACGGUCGCAUUAGCGUCAACCCCGAAAACUUCAAUUUCCGUGAUGCCGAAAAUGAUAUCCCGGAGUUUCGAAAUACUCUUCGGUAUCCGGGUCAAAAGGCUGUCGGGGUUCGUUGCGAAGCUUCCUCCGCAAUAGGGACAGCACUAAUCAACGGUGUUGAUGGUACCUAUACAAACUUCACCCAACUGGACGCAGAAAUUCGAAACGGCGGUGGUAUUAAACGAUUUGAAACCGGCAUUCCUCACAUGAUCGUUCAAACGCCAUAUAUUCCCUCCAACUUUCAAUUAUUGGAUAAUGUAGACUGGUUCUCAGCUCUCUACGCAUCUAUCGAAAUGUCUUCUCUAACAACAAACGCCUUUGGAGAUUUCCUAGGUGCUGCGCCAAGUGUUCUUCAAGCCGAGGACCUUAAAAGAGCUCUUCUAAGGGCUUACAAGACUCAUGCCGUUCACAUCAUGUACGACGGACUCGCGGACCCCACCUUCGCAUGGAAACUUGAGAAUGUCACUAUGGGCACUCCGACAAUGAUUUUGACCCGCGGAGUUGUCCCACCUGAGAUUAUAUUGGGGAUGUUGACGGCAUGGGCGUUAUCGAUUGUGAUCUUAUCGGUAACAUAUCAGUUCAGAAGAAGAUGGACGGAGACUCUGGAUGGGUAUACCAUAUUUAGAUUUGGAGUUGAUAGACCGGAUGACGUAUUACCUGAAAUGUUGGCUGGAGAAUUUGAUAAUGCGGCGGUUUUGGAGAGACUGCCUGGUAUGGUUGGGGAUUUGGAGCCUGAUAGUGAGGUGGGGUAUAUUGGGCUUGUGAGGGGUGGGCAGGAGGCAGAUUGGGGGAAGAGGUAUGGUUAA